AUGUCGGUGGCGGCAGGCCUCCAUCACCGCGCAGAGCUGGUGAUGCAAGGGGUGCAGCAAGCUCUCGCCCACAUCGUGCUCACAACGUGGAAUCACGACCGGGGUCCGGGAACGUUCCGGUCCAGAUACCCUAAUGCUCGAGAUGUAGCUCCAGCAUUGAACACCGGCGAGACCGGCUUCCCCGUCGUGCAGCUUCCGGGAAUGCAUGACGGCGCGGCCCCUCCCAAUGGUGUCCAUCUGCUUGCAGACAUUUGCAGCAGCAAGACCUUCACACUGUCGGUGCAGGCUAUUUUCCGUCGCCUAGUCGGAAAGCAACCUGACUAA